AUGGACGAUGAGCUUUCACUUCCCAAAGCUACUGUACAAAAGUUGAUUAACGAAAUGAUGCCAGAAGAUAUUGUCUGUGCAAAGGAUACACGAGAUCUAUUGAUUGAUUGCUGUGUUGAGUUUAUACACUUGAUUGCAUCAGAAGCGAAUGAAAUAUGUGAAAAAGAGACGAAAAAGACAAUUGCUGGAGAGCAUGUCGUGGCAGCUUUACAGACUCUAGGUUUUGAAGAAUACGUUGAAGAAGUAGAAGAAGUGUUUAAAGAACAUAAAAAACAGCAAAAGGAUCGAGAUAAAAAGAGUACAAGACUAGAGAACACAGGCAUAUCUGAAGAAGAGUUGCUAAGACAACAAGAGUUACUAUUUGCUCAGUCAAGACUUAAGUUUGAAGCACAGCAACAGUAA